CUCCCGCUCACACACACAGUGUCCCGCAGCUGGAAGAGUUUCUCCGCGCUGUGAUGAGGCUCCGUGGCUCCGGGGAGCGGCGGAGGGACACGGGAGAGACGGCGGAGGAGGCGCGCGGAGGCCGUGGAGGGGCUCCGGAGACGGAGCAACCGAGAGAGAGAGAGAGAUGGCGGCGGGAGGAAUCACCACGCUUCCCGCUUUACCGGAGGACGGCGCCAGCGGAGGCUUUCCUCCGGUGAACUUCAAGGAGCCCAAGCGGCUUUACUGCAAGAACGGCGGCUUCUUCCUCCGGAUCCACCCCGACGGGCGAGUGGACGGCAUCCGCGAGAAGAGCGACCCGCACAUUCGGCUGCAGCUCCAGGCCACGGCCAUCGGUGAAGUGGUGAUCAAAGGGAUCUGUGCGAACCGUUACCUCGCCAUGAACGCAGACGGACGACUGUUCGGAACGAGAAGAACAACAGAUGAAUGUUAUUUCCUGGAGAACCUGGAGUCAAACAACUACAACACGUACCGAUCCCGAAAGUAUCCCGACUGGUACGUGGGUCUGAAGAGAACAGGCCAGUAUAAAUCGGGCUCGAUGACCGGCCCGGGCCAGAAGGCCAUCCUGUUUCUGCCCAUGUCAGCCAAGUGCUGAUGGAGAGAUGCUGUCAAACACAAACCAACCUUACGCCGAGACACGAUGAGCUCAUCCAGCCUGGAAAAACACUUCCAUCUAGGAAU